CUUAGUGAGUAAUACGGCGUUUAAGUACCUUCGCGUGGAAAUGCGCAGCCGUGUUGUACGACACAGUUUUUCACGAUGAUAUUUGGACCUCUGCAACGUACGGACUUGGCUAUGGACGCUUCGUGGAGCUCGAGCCCAGCCCUAACCUGGCCAUGUAUGACGAAGGUGGGAAGCUAUCUCUCCCAUGUGGCUGUGAGAAGUGCGAUCAAUCGUCGGCGCUGCGCGACGACGACGGGAAUGUGGUGCUCUAUCUGACAGACACUGGCGAGGCGAUCUGGGCUACAAAUCGCUGAGGGAAAUCGAUUCUUAUUCGAGCAAUCUCCUCUCUCUACUUGGAAUUCUGAGAGACGAGAAUUGCUGGAAUUUGAGAGAGACGAGAAUGCCGCUAGAACACUACACGGUCUUCUCCGUUUAGGUCAUAAUAUUUUUUUGCCUCCAAGAAAAGAAAGGCGCCAAGAAGGCGUUGCGAUCGGGCGACGCCGCUCUGCCAGGUAGGGUAGAUCAGAUCGAGUAUGGCGCUAGAUCUCGCGAGCGGGAAAAUCCGGCGUUCUUGAUGCGAGCUCGACGCGGGAUCAGGCAUCUUGACAAUGGGGAGCCCACGAAAGACCUGGAGCCUCGCGAGCUAGAAUUCCGCCGUUCUUGAUGGAGCUGGACGCGACUCUGGACGAUUUCUCGGUGAUCCGUGUGGCCGUCCUGGCCAUGGGGCAAAUGCCGCCGGUCUAUCUCCGAGACUACGUUGAGACGAUCGUCAAGCACACGGAUAUGGAUCUCCGGAGUGUGAGAGCUUUCUACAUCGAGCACCAAAAGAGUCCUUUCACGCAGCUUGCUUGGGAGACUGGGAAGCUCAGGAUAAAGUUUAUGGUUGGCGGUGCUGUGAGAAGUCCCUGGGAGGAUUUCCAAGCUCACAGGAAAAUUCACGGAGUGAUCGGCUUGUGCCACUGCCCGCUUUCCCAUGAUCUUGGAGCUACCUACGACAAGUUCUUGACCAUCUGUGCCUCGUAUCCUUCGGCACAGGUGAAGCGGUGCUUUGGAUUCCAUGCCAGUGAUAAUCAGCUAGAACAAGAAGACAAGAGCAAGAAUUCGGAUUUUAUACUCUUCCCUUCUGCGGAUUACGAGACUCUGGAGCUGCAUAUCAAGGCCUUGAUGCAAGCGUUUGCAGCAGCGAUGCUGAUGGACUUUGAGAGGCGAGUUCUUUUAGGUGAUCCGGUUGCAAGCUCCUUGACCACACCACUGGACUUGCCGGCGUCUACAGGGACUGAAGAGUUUAGCAAAGCUAAAAGGAAGAGACUCGGCCGCCUUCAAAAGGCGAUUGGAGACUAUUGUCUUCUUUCUGGGUCGCAUUUGAACGCAAGCGCACAUUACCUAUCUGCAAUUGAGGUUUUAAAAUCUACUGGAGAUGUAUUCUGGCACGCGGGAGCAGCAGAAGGCAGCAUAAGCGCUAUUAUGGUAGAUCGUCAGCGAGAUCAGCAGUUCUAUGAUGACGUGAAAAGUCACUAUGCCGAGAUCAUUCAGCUCUACAAGAGGGGAACGUCCUUGGCCUUUGAGCUGGAAGCAAACCUCAAGCUUGCAAAGCUACUUUCCAGAAAAGAGUCAACCAAGGAUGCCAUCGACAUUUUGACAAACUGUAUUGAGUCCGGUAAAAGUUUAUUGGAGCCAAAUGACCGGCUGGUUUUGUUUGUUGAAGUGGCCAGAAUAUAUGGAUUUCUGGGGUAUGAGAGAAAAGCUGCUUUUUAUUCUCGAGAAGUUGCUCAUCUGUACUUGCAGCAAGACAAUCACUGGGCUGCCUUGAGUGCUCUACAGAUAUUACAUUCGUUGUCGAGUAGAUAUUGUCCUUUAAAUUCCGCACACAAAGAAGUUCGUGGCAUUAAUUCACGAGUGCACCGCACAAAUGAUGCCCCAUGGAGCAGCUUGCAAAUCGACGUUCUGGCAAACAUGCUGGCUGCUUCUAUACGUGGUGGCGAUGCUUUAGCUGCAUGGUGUGCAGCGUCACAGCUUCUUCGAGCUCAUUAUCCACUUAUCACACCACAUGCCCAAAUUAGCCUUGCCACUGCUUUGUCAACGGCUGCGACAAAACUCCCGGGUGGGACACGGUCUUCAGUUCCGGCGCUCCCUUUCCUCAGGUGGCACUCGUUUCCUCAGGAAAGCUCGCAAAUGGACUUUAUCAAACGGAAACCUGGGAAGAAGGAAUGGUGGACAGAGAGCAGCUCAUCCGGCCCGUUUAUCUACACGCCGUUUUCAGGGAGGCACAAGGAGCCGAAAAAGAUUCAGCUCGUCUGGAUAGUUGGGGAACCAGUCGAAGUCCUCGUUGAAGUUGCGAAUCCUUGUGCCUUCGAAAUCCACGUUGAGAGUAUAUGCCUGUCAGUGGAACCGGGGGAAUUCGAGGCGUUUCCGCUGUCCUUCGUCUUACCUCCGAAUGGAUCGGACGUGUUGUCACUCUCUGGAAGGCCACUUUCGACCGGGUCACUGACAGUACGGGGAUGCUUUGUGAACUACAACGGCGUUGUUACCGAGCACUGUUUUGGGGGCACAGAUGCUGAGAGAGGCUUGUUCCUGGCAGAUCCAUUCCGAAGCUCGGGCAGAAGUGGGUUGAAACUCCGAAACAAGCCUCUCCCGGACAUCAAAGUUAUUCCUCCGCUGCCCUCUCUAGUAGUGGACGUUGUUGGCGGAGAGGGCGUGGUAGUCUUGUACGAGGGGGAGGUUCGCAACAUGACGAUCGAGCUGUGCAACGUUGGUUCCGUGCCAGUUAUAGAGGCGAACAUAACAAUGGUGGCGAGGCGCCGCGAGCAACAUGUAUAUGUGGAGGACGAUGUUCUUCAAGCGGCACUACCUCUACACACUGGCAGAAAGGCGUCCGUGCCUAUACAGCUCCAAAUUGGCCACCUGGAUUCACAGAGUGAGAGAAAGACACUCGAAAACUCCACUCAAUCUUUGGACGAAGAAGCUUUUCUUCAUAUCCACUAUGCAGGCUCUCCAACUCUUGAAAGCACUGACGAAGAGCUCUCUCCUGGUAGACGGCUGACUAGUCGUUUGAGGCUUCGAGUUCUUCAAGGCCUUCGUCUUGUCAAUUCGCGGCUGCUGUCGAUGGAGAUUCCUCUUCAACUAAGCAGUACUCUCCCAGCGGACACUCGCAAAGCCGAAGCAAACGCCGCAGUGAGAAUGGAUCCUUACAGGGGAGGCUGGAAUCUACGAGUGCUCGAACUAGAGCUGUGGAACGGGACGGACGCUUUCUUUGAAGUGACAGUGGCCGUCAAAGGCGAAGAACUUGAUGCCAGUACGAAAGUCCACAGGAAGCACUGUGCACGGGUUUUGGUUCCGUUGGAGAAAUUCAAGCUGCCAGCUCUGGGCGACAAGGCGUUCUUCGCAACAGCUCGAGCUCUGGAGCACAGGUCCAGGAACGAAGUCACCUCCACGAUCGAGGAGCUGUGCUCGAGCAUCCGCGUGAGGUGGUCGUCGGGGAAGAACACCAGCGGCGAGCUCCACUUGAAGGACGCAAUCCGCGACGCACUGAGGGACUCGGUCCGGGAGAUCCUCCUCCCGGAUCCACUCACAUUUGCAUUCAGGCUCGCGGCAGGAGAGGACGUUCGUGCGAACCAGCUCGUCCCGAUCGAGAUGCUCGUCAAGAACAACACGGCCGAGGACGUGGCCGUGUCGCUCAGCGUCGCUUGCCGGGACAUCUCUGGAACGAGCUGCGUGGUGGAGCAGCAAAUCCUCUACGCUGGCGCUCUGGAUGGAGUGGAGGUGGAAUUGAGCUCUCUGGGAGACGCAGUGCAUAGAUUUUCGCUGUUCUUCCUCGUUCCAGGAGAGUACACGCUUCUAGGAGCGGCAGUGGUACCGUUGCGCGACGAUUCUAUAUGUUACUGCGGGCCUCCUUUUGCCGUCCACGUGGCCUGAUCUUGGACGUUUAAAUAAUCCCCGAGUGGAAACCCUAAAUCGUGUAGAGAGUGAAAGGAUGGCGGAGCUGGAGCUGGUCUUCUUCAAGCUGUCCGCAAUAGAUCUGUGCCAGGCAAGGUGUGUGUGUCGCAAAUGGCAAAGAGCAAUCGACGAUCCCAACUUUCGCAAGAGAUAUGCGUGCUCCCACGACUGCAUCCCUCAUC